GAACCUGGGAAGUGAACAAGAACCACUAAUAGUAGGCCAAGAGGUACAACAAUGUUAAACGUUGCUACAAACAAGCAUGUGUUAUUAUACUUAAUUUGUACGAUGCUAUGUUAUAAUGCCGUUAAAACUUUUUAAUAUUUUUUUUUUUUUUUUGAUAAAAUGCUGUUUCGUUAAAAAAUUUAUAUGGCAUUGAAUUUGCAAUUGAUUUCUGAGACGCACGAUCGUGUUCAAAUUUUAAGGACAUUUAGAAAUAUUUUUUCAUUAAAAAAAUUCAGAAUAAUGGUAAUAUUCUGCAUUUUUUGAGUUUUCGUCUUUUUAAAGAAAAUGUUUGCUGGUUGGAAAGGGUUAAUAGUUAGUGCAGGUGCCCAAGAUGGUAUACAUGGUAUCGGUAAACGUAUAAGAAUUUUUCUAUAAGACAUCAUUUUCAUUUUCAGAAUAGUCAACAAUGACUUUAACAGCAACAACUAAGACAACUGUUAUAGAAAGGUUGGAAUGCAGUGAAUUCAAUGAAGAGAAUGACACGACAGCUCUGAUUGUAUACAAUAGCCAACAAUAUGAACAGAAAGAUGCUUACGAUCGAAUGUUGCCAAAAAAUGAGUUCCGUUUCAUGUCCCCCGUACGCAAAUGGGAGAAGCGCAUCGGUUUCAUCACGCCCAUCCGAUGGAUAAAUUUAAUCACAAUAAGCUUAUCCCAUGUGAUUAUAACGGCGUGGUUUCUUCACACACUUAUAUUUUAUCCAAAAUUGUUCCAGUUGACAGAUUUGAGCUAUGCUGUGCUUAUCGGAAUCAUAGCUGGAUUUGGAGUUACUGGAGGAGCACACCGUUUCUGGAGUCAUAAAACUUUCAAAGCAAAAUGGCCCUUGCAAGUUAUCUUAGCAAUAUGUUUCUCAGCUUCAGGUCAAAAUAACAUAUAUGAAUGGGUACGUGAUCAUCGAGUGCAUCACAAAUAUUCUGAAACAAUAGCUGAUCCCCAUGACGCGAACCGAGGAUUCUUCUUCUCACACGUCGGAUGGCUUAUGAUGAAAAAACACCCAGAAGUGCUGAGACAGGGUGCCAAGAUCGACAUGUCUGAUAUCACCAGUGAUCCGCUUAUACAGUUCCAUAAUAGUAACAUUAUGCCGGUCGAAAACUAUGGUGUCUCUUUUAUGGCAUUGGGUGAAGGUUGGCACAAUUACCACCACACUUUCCCAUGGGACUACAAAGCUGCAGAACUUCCCUAUACGACGAACUUGACGACUGUUCUACUUGAUAUAUUCGCAGCUAUAGGAUGGGCGUACGAUCUAAAAGUAGCUCCUCCAUCACUGAUCAAAACUGUUAUUGAGAAUAGAGGAGACAUUACCCAACAUUCACUUUAUAAACCUGAUAGUAAAAUUCAUUAGUAUUACAGUGCCAGUUUUCAAUGUACCCUUGAAAAUUAAUGAAAGGAAGUCUAAAACGAUCAUACAUAGAAAUAGACGUGCAGUUUACGCCGACACUCAAAGCCUACCGCCA